AUGGCUCUCGCCCUCUUGCUGAUAAUUUUCGCGGAAUUUACAAGCGGUGCUAGUCCUCAGGGUGGCGCGAAAGGCAGCGGAAAGAGCAGUGGAAAGGCGAGCGGUGCAAAGGGGAGUUCAAGCAAGGUCAAGGCGAGCGCGAAUGUCGGCGGGGUACCAGGCAAUGACGGGAUCGCGCGGCUCGUUCUGCUGCGCAACAAUUCGUUCCGCGCGAAAUGCCUCGAUGGCAGUCCGCCUGGGUACUACCGCCGCGUGGGCUACGGCAAUGGAGCCAAGUCGUGGCACAUCCACUUCCCUGGCGGCGGAUGGUGUGCGACGCGCGACGAGUGUGCAGCGCAUCUCAACGGGACGCAGAACGGCAUGGCGGGGGCGCCGCGGAUCCUCAUCUCAGGCUGCUCUGCGGGCGGAUUCCCAGUCACGCGCAUCUGCGACUCCGUGGCCGCCGCGCAUCCCAAGGCCAACGUCAAGUGCCUCAUUGAUGGAGCCUUUUUCCUUGGUUACUACUUCCGGCCGGGCAGCGGCAGCGGGGCGAAGUCAUGGCACAUCCACCUGCCCAUCGGGGGGUGGUGCGCGACAAUGGAGGACUGCGCGGACCGCGCGAAGACGCCGCUGGGGAGCACGCGCAUGCAGGCGGACAAUAACUGGCGGUGGUCCAAGUUUCUGAGCAAGGGAAUGAUGAGCCCGCUGGCCAAGACCAAUCCGCUGUUCUUUAACUGGAACUACGUCAUGCCCGUGUAUUGCGACGGAGGCGGGUUUCAAGGGAAGGCGGGGUUGAGAUCGGUGCAGGGUGGUCCGGCGCUGUACCUGGACGGGAGAAAGGUUCUCCGUGCGAUUCUUAGAGACGCGCGCGACCGCAAGGGCGGGCGGAGGUUCCGGUCAGUGGCGCAGAAGCUGGUGGCGAUACACCAAUUCCAGGGGAGCGACCGCUGCAGCGCUGAGUACAACUCCAGCACGCAGUGGCGCUGCUUCUUCCCUCAAUACUCCCUGCGCUUCGUCUCCCGUCCCGUCUUCAUCGCCAACUCCCUCUUCGACCGCCACGCAGCCGUCAUCGGCAACCAGAUGCCGCUCGAUUUCGCCUAUGCUGACACGUGCCUGUCGGAGCUGCUCGCACAGCCAAUUACAGUCAGCCAGCUCCAGAGCGACCGCAUGAGAAGCGUGAUUCCCGUUGCCCAGAAACCGAUGCAGCGCUGUACGGAUGCUGAGAGGGAUUCGGUGCUGUCUGUUGCAGUAAAUGUGCUGGACACCGUGGAGGAGUACAUUAAAAGCCACCCACAAUCGGCGGCAUUUCUGCCCAGCACAUCCGACCAUGGAUUCACGUUUGUCGGGCUUUGGAUUCCCCCUACUGUUCCUCCUCACACCAAAUCCUCCUCUGCUCCACCCUCCCCCCAAACCCCUUUUGACAACUUUCCUCCCCACCCGGACCCCGUCCCCCCACUUUCUUUCAACGCACAGCGCGGCAUCCAGCACCAGCCCUUCAACCCCCUUCCCGCACCCCCGACCCACUAUCUGCCCUUCUUUCGUUUCCCCGCUCGUCCAAUCCGUGAAUGUGGUGCUGUGGAAGAAUCUCCGCCACUGUUCCCCGUAAUGCUGCUCCGUGUAUCAACGGCUCUCAUCAAGUCGUGGCAUGGCAGUCACUCUACUGUACCAUCUCCCCCAGGUCUCUCGGUCGCUCGGUCGCUCGAGUCUUUCGAGUCUCGCAGCUCAGUCACUCCCGCCUCGCCGCAGCGCGCUUCCCAGUGGAUGAAGCCGUCAGCGGACCUGUCGCCGUCCUCGGCCGCCAUGUGUAAGCGCGAGGGGGGGCACGGCGGAGACGCGUCGCGGCUGACGGAGAGCGAGAAGGAGAAGACGAAGCUGCGCGAGCGGCAGCGGCGCGCCAUAACCACGAAGAUCUUUGCCGGCCUGCGCAAGUACGGCGGAUACAACCUUCCGCCGAGGGCGGACAUCAACGACGUUCUGCGCGCGCUCGCCGCGGAAGCAGGCUGGGUUGUCGAGUCCGAUGGCACCACCUACCGCUCCCCCGGGUCGCAGCCGCCCACUCGCCACUCGUCGCUGCACAGUCGCACGGCGGCUGCCAUCGCUGCCGGCUCGCUCGCCAUGUACCCGACACAGCAGGCGACGCAGCUGGCGCCGCAGCUGGCGCCGCAAUCGCCGGCGCAGCUGGCGCAUCUACAACAUCCUGCCGCGCACAUACCGCACUCUGCGCACCCGCACGCUGCGCACCCGCACGCGCUUCCCCCGCUCGCCUCGACGCCGUCGGGCGCAACCGCAUCCGUUUCGCCCAUGUCUCCGCGGGAGGCUUGCGCGUCCGCUCCGCUCGUCGGCUCUCCGCCCUCCACCGGCAGCCCCUCGCUGCUCCCCCGCUCCUCCCCGCCUUCCGUUCCCGCAUCCGCUGCAGCUUCCGCCAGCGGCGCGGUGGGGGGAACCGGCGGAGGUAUGGCGGGCGUGGGGCUGGGUGGCGCGGGCAUGUACGGCGGCAGCAUGAUGGCGGGAAUGAACGGAUUCGGCCUGCCCGGAUCGUUCCCCGCGAUGCACCUUCCGCACGGCAUGCUUGCGCUGAUGCCGCAUCCGCCAGGCACUUCCUCCGCCGCUGCGGCUGGCGGAAUGGGCGCGUUUGCGAUGAGCAUGGGGCCGGGCGGAAUGAGCGCGGGCAUGGGCGCAGGCUUGAGCGCAAGCAUGGGCGCGGGCACAGCGAUGAGCGCGGGGGUGGACAUGAAGAUGGAUCCGCACGGGGGGGGGAUGCUGCUGGCGGGAACGACGGGCGGAAGCAGCGCGUGCAUGAUGGGGAUGCUGGGGAGCGCGGGGGACUCUAUGUCCGCUGCCGCUGCGGCAGCCGCGGCUGCCUCAAGUGGGGGCGGAAUGGGCGGUGGUAUGGCUGGCGUUGUGGGCGGAGGAAUGGGCGGCGGAAUGGGCGGAGCAAUGAUGCUUCUCCCCGGAUUCCAUUCCCUGCCCCAUGGUGCGGGCUCCGCUGCUGCAGGGGGAAACAUGGGCGGGAUAAUGGGCCCCCUGGGGGAGCUACACAUGGGCGGAGGAUUGCUGGGCGGAGGGGGCGGGGGCAGCACUUUGCUUGGGGCGGAAGGAGAGGUUGUGUGGCUCUAG